AUGACCAAACCUGGAGGCGGCUCUUCUUCCUCUCCUCCAGAUGAAUCUUCCUUCAGCCAAACUCGUGAUAUGCCUUCGCAGCUUCCAGGCCUGCGUAUUGCUCCGUUACGCCAGCCGGUCACCCGCAUCUUGAAUUCGCCAAUACCCAGCAAGUCUGAAAUCACCACUGGCACUCCAUCCACGACAGCCACAACGGCAGCCUUGACUACGACAUCUGGUGGAACUAGUCUUCCGGAAAGGCUGCCUACGUUAGAAGAAUUCCUGAACGCUGCUCGCACGACAGAUGCUGAUCUCGGCCCUUUCAAUGUCGAUUCGAAUAUCCCUCCUCCGCCGAAAACAAUCCUUCCUGCGUUCAUCAACCUGCAAGCAGUAGAGAAACUACCGUAUGUGUUUGACCAAAAUGGCCUGGCUAAACGCCGACGUCUCGAUGUAUCUGGGGAUCACUUUGCUAGCGAACACCUUCAGCUCCCUGUUCCACAGACACAGCAGAACGACAAGAAGCUGCGACCUUUUGGUCCAUAUGCUAUUUUAAAUGGGCUUAACGAGCCACCGCCAAAUGCUGCUCUGUUUCCGCCCAUUGAACCUGGGUCUUUGCCGCCUAUGUUGUCCAGACCUGCUGCAAAUGAGUCCGAAUCGAUGCCGCCGGAGAGACAACUGGAGAAACAAUCAGACAAACGAGAGUUGAGAUUGGAGGAGAUUCUCGAUUCGAACAGGUUGGACGAACCAGUCGAUGAAUUGAAUCCAGCUACUGGCCAGAAAGGCGAUCCUGGCGAACCGUCCACCACACUAGACGCACCUCAAGCGAAGUCUGGCGAACCUAAUGAUCCCAUGUCACCUAAGACUCGAGGCCGCUCGCGUAAGAAUCUUCGCAGAUGGACCGAACAAGAGACGACAGAUUUGCUGAAAGGUGUUGUGAAAUGCGGUAUCGGCAAUUGGACAGCAAUAUUGCAACAGCCAGAAUUGAACUUUAACAAGCGCACCGCCUCCAAUCUCAAGGACCGGUUUCGGGUCUGCUGUCCUUGGGCAUACGGGGCAGCUGAUCCUAACGAAGCAACGAGGCAAAUCCAAGAUACUCUAGCUAAUGCAUUGAUAAAUGCCGAAUCGCUUUCUUCAGGAGCUGGUGGAAAGAUCCUCCUUCCUGACCCACGCCCAAAAGAUAACGCACCCGUCGACCCUGUUGAAUCAUCUGCAUCUAAACUAAACGAACCGUCGCCAACAACUAGACCAAAACAAUCGCUUUCAGUAUCAAAGUCUCCUCUAUCCCAGUCGCACAAAUCCAAGUCCACUUUGUCGUCUUUAGGUAUCCCAGAACCGUAUUUCACUAUCAAAUCAAAACGCCGCUCACGCCGUCCCUUUACUUCUGUCGAAGAUGAAGCAUUACUCAAAGGUUAUGCGGUCCAUGGCUUUCAAUGGACACUGAUCCAGCAGGACAAACAUCUUAACCUCUCACAUCGGAAAGCGACAGAUUUGCGGGACAGAUUUCGAACAAAAUUCCCCAGUGCGUACCGCGAGGGUGGUAGUGUCAGUGGGAAGAGUAUUGAAGCAUGGCAACCUCUGUCUGUAGACUCAAAAUCUCCCUCAAAUAUGACUCCACCGGCCUUGUCUGCAUCGCACCGGAAACGACCGCCAGCAUCAGCAACAUCGUCGUCGUCGUCGUCGUCAUCGGCAUCAUCAAUGCCGCCGCCACCACGAUCCAAAUCUGCCCCCGAAAAGAGACGUGAAGCAUCGGCUUCAUCUGUGACUGAGUCAAUGUCUCAUUCCAACUCGCUUCUACCGCCGUUGCCGCUGAGUCAACCAGGCAUGCUGAUGGAUGCUAAUGGUACCGCAGGGAGUAAUAAUAGUAGCAGUACAGGAGGAAGCCUUUCGUUUUCCAUGGAUGAUACUGCUAUAGGAGCAUCGUCGUCUGUAUUAAGCACAAAUCCAGGAACAAGUACAGGGAAUAGAAGUAAUGGUAACAACCCUACUGCUUCUGUGACUACAUGGGUGGAUAACACAUUACCGCCGUUGAAUUGGGAUGAUCUAACGUAA